UGUCGUUCUUCCCCCGAACAAGGCAGUUCCGCCGUUAUUGAAAAUAAUAAUUUGUUUUUAACUGACUUGCCUAGUUAAAUAGUAAAGCGUAAAGUAAGAUUACAAACGACGUAAAUGAAAUAAUAGCGACAUCAUGCGGUCAGUUGGGCUAAGUAUGAGAAGCCUAACGUGAAGAUGAAGCCGGUGUUACAGUUUUACAUCUCGUGAACAAGAUUUAGUCACCACCUUUCCACCAGAAGAGAAGACAGCGCUGGCUAGCAUUUUCCAUUCGUUGAGCUGGCCGGGGAUGCUAACCGCAAUGUGUGUACAGUGAAUUUGAAUGAGCUUUUUUUCAAGCAGUCAAUGGCCAUAAAGCGUAGUUAUAGUAAAUAUUAGCCACAUCUACCGGGCUUUUGAGAGAAGAUCUCGUCAUGUUUGGUAGAGAUGCGGAGGUCUGGCGCGCGGGCUGCCAACAAAGUCCGUCUGAAAAAACGCUGCUGUUUCCCCAGCUCUCUCGUUUUACAUAGUCCAGGACCAAGCAGGACUGGCAUCAGCCUUCUACUACUCAGUAGCCACAACUGCAGUGUGACCUUAGAUCUGGUAGCACAUGAAUCAGUUCAUCUUUAUUUUAACCAGGGAUAUAUUUUUAGACCAGACGAAAGGGUGCUUCCUACUGGCCCUCCAAACACCACUUCCAGCAGCAUCUGGUCUCCCAUCCAGGGACCGACCAGGACCAACCCUGCUUAGCUUCAAAAGCAAGCCAGCAGUGGGAUGCAGGAUGGUAUGCUGCUGGCCAGGUUUUAUCAUGAUCUGGUGAAUACAGGUGAUGACAAAGCUGAAUCAUGCCGGGUAAAUUGAAAGCUAAGAUUGUGGCGGGGCGUCACUUACCAGUCAUGGACAGAGCCAGCGACCUCACUGAUGCCUUUGUAGAGGUCAAGUUUGGCAACACAACUUUCAAAACGGAUGUCUACCCCAAGUCCCUUAAUCCACAGUGGAACUCAGAGUGGUUCAAAUUUGAGGUGGAUGAUGAGGAUUUGCAGGAUGAGCCGUUACAGAUCACAGUGUUGGACCAUGACACUUACAGUGCCAACGAUGCAAUAGGGAAGGUCUACAUUGACAUCGACCCUCUGCUGUCCAGCGAGGCUGCUACCGUCAUCGCUGGAUGGUUCCCCAUCUACGACACUAUACACGGUAUCAGAGGGGAGAUUAAUGUUCUGGUAAAGGUGGACCUCUUCAACGACCUAAACCGCUUCAGACAGUCCUCCUGUGGGGUCAAGUUCUUCUGCACAACAUCCAUCCCGAGGUGUUACCGCGCAACGCUGGUCCAUGGUUUUGUUGAGGAGCUGGUGGUGAACGAGGACCCGGAGUACCAGUGGAUUGACCGCAUCAGAACCCCCAGGGCUUCUAACGAGGCCCGCCAGCGACUCAUCUCCCUCAUGUCUGGUGAGCUGCAGAGGAAGAUCGGUCUGAAGGUGUUGGAGAUGGGUGGUAAUGCGGUGGUGGGCUACCUGCAAUGCUUUGAUCUGGAGGGAGAGUCGGGUCUGGUGGUCCGAGCCAUCGGCACCGCCUGCACUCUGGACAAACUCAUCCCUGGGAUUGCUUCCAACACCAUCACACACACCAACACCGCCCCGGCAUCCAAUGCCUGCAACUCCCCCUCUAAGGAAAUCAAAGAGCCCGUGUUCAGUGAGGACCCAACCCACCCCCUCUCCGUCCCUCCCACCCCUCUCAGAACACUUCCUUCCUCCUCCUCCUCUCCUCCUCCCUUCUCUCCAUCCAAGCCAUGCAGUCGCCAGUCCUCCUCCUCAGACACAGACCUCAGUCUGACGCCCAAGAUGGGAAUGGGGAGUGGGAUCAGCGUUGGGAAAGAGGCAGGGCCUCUGAAGACCCUCCUCCGGCAGCAGGCCCAAUCAGCAUUGGAACAGAGGGAGUUCCCCUUCUUCACGUUGACUUGUUUUCCCCCCGGCUUCCUGGUUCACAUCGGGGGAGUGGUCAGCGCCCGCUCGGUCAAGCUGCUUGACCGCAUACACAACCCUGACGAGCCAGAGACGAGGGACGCGUGGUGGGAGGAGAUUCGUCAGGAGAUCAAGUCUCAUGCCAAAGCCCUGGGUUGCCACGCUGUGGUGGGAUACAGCGAGAGUACCACCAUCUGUGAGGAGGUGUGUAUCCUGUCUGCGUCGGGCACGGCGGCCAUGUUGAAUCCCAGGUUCAUGCGCGAGGGCUGUUUGGACGCCGGCGGCAGCGACCAAAGGUUGUCACGGCAACCACCCCUCGGCAUGGUUGGGUCGGAGAGGGCAGAGGGGGAAGUUAGCUCAUCUUGGCUGGGGUUUGAUGAUGCGUCACCCCCUAGCUGCGGAUUUUGUCACAUCCCAUAUGAUGAGUUCAACAUGCCGUUCCCAGCUCAGCUCACAUACUGCUACCACUGUAGGAGACAGAAGGUCCCUGACGUGCUCUUUACUACCAUAGACCUACCUGCUGAGGCUGCUGUUACUGGGAAGGGCUGCCUCAUACAGGCCAGGUUGUGUCGUACCAAGAAGAAGGCCCAAGGGGAGGUGAAUGCCACAGCCAUCUCUAACCUCCUCCCCUUCAUGGAGUAUGAGCUACACACCCAGUUGAUGAACAAGCUGAAGCUGCGCUGCAUGAACGCUCUGUUUGGGCUCCGCAUUCAGAUCAGUGUGGGAGAAAACAUGCUCCUAGGACUAGCUUCUGCAACGGGUGUGUACCUGUCAGCUCUUCCAGCUCCAGGUGGUAUCCAGAUAGCUGGUAAGACCCCCAGUGACCUGAGCUACGACCAACACAUUUCAACCAUGCAGAAGCGCAUCAACGACACCAUCGUCAUGAAUAAGGAGUUCUACAACAUACACCCCCCGGAGUGUAUAGAGGAGGUGGUGGGGUCUCCUAUCCCUGACAGACAGCGGUCCAGACUGUUCAGGUCUACCUCUGAGAGUUCAGAUGAGCUGUCAGAACUAGACCUGUCCCACGGCAAGAAGGACGCCUUCGUACUGGAGAUUGAUGACACUGAUGCAGUAGAUGACAUCCAAUCCCUUCUCACUGAUGCCCCCAUGCCUGCAGGGUUUUACAGCUGUAACACAGAGGUCAUGCCUGGGAUUUACAACUGGACUUCAGGGCUCCAGAUGUUUACAUCUGUCAGGGUCUACAGACUCAAUAAUGCCAAUCUGACCAACCAGGGCCUCAACAAGAUCUUCACUGACCUCUGUGAGAAUUUACUCAAGAGUCUAUACUUUAAGUUACGUUCCAUGAUCCCCUGCUGUCUAUGCCAUCUCAACUUCACUGUAGCCGUACCAGAGGAAGAACUCAUACAGGUGGCGGUGACAGCUGUAGCCAUGAGUUUUGACAAGGAGACUCAGCUGGCAGCCGACAAGGCUCUUAACAAGGGGAGUGGUGAGAAUGAAGAGCAGCUACAGUUUUCUAUGGAGCUGUGUGGAGAGUCAACGUCCUCCAACAACCAGCCUACAGCCAAACCUUCAGGUCUUCCAGAGAGUGCCAUGACCCACUCCUCAUCUCGAGACAGAUGCAGCACCUGGCUAGAGCUGCUUAGGCUGAAAGCUCACACCAUAAGACGAGGAUCAGUUAAGACAAGUAGGAGGACACAGUCGCUAGCAAACUCUGUCUCGUCCUCAGAGCGCUGCAGUCCUCUCCCAGAGGUGCGGUCCCGGUCCCUACGCUCCACCAGGUCAUUGCCAUGCGGUGCCCCUGUUACCGUGGUGAAGAUGACUCCUCUGUCCUUUCUCCCCAGGACGCGUAUUGUCAAAUACUUGGGAAUCAUCAACAUGUUCUUCAUUAGAGAGACCACGUCACUACGAGAGGAGGGGGGUGUAAGUGGGUUCCUGCAUUCCUUCAUAGCGGAGGUGUUUGCCAUGGUCCGUGCCCAUGUAGCAGCUCUGGGGGGCAACGCCGUAGUGUCAUACAGCAUGAAGGAGUGUGUCUUCAUGGAAAACCCCAACAAGAACCAGGCUCAGUGUCUGAUUAAUGUUAGUGGUGAUGCUGUCAUCUUUGUCAGAGAAUCAGACCAGGAGGCCAUACCCCCUCUGAUUACUAGCGGACAGACCAGCACCACUGGGGCUGAUGGGACCACAUGACACACACACACACACUUGAGUCUAGCCAUCCAAAUAAUUGUGAUUUAUGUCUGCCAUAAACAGACUAGUUGAUGGAGAAAUUGUCUCUUAAUUGUCCAUUAAGGCACUCUACAUAAGCCAUUUAGAGGCAUUAUGUAAUGUCUGAUAUAAUAGACAUUCCAAUACAUGGUGAAGUUUUAGGCAGGACUCAGCAGUCACUAGCCAGCCAUUCUAAAGUGUACAGGGUAGUCAUUAGUAGACAGCCAUGGUAAAGAGUACCAUACUCAGUACAGCAGGGUUUCCCAAUAGGCAGCCCGUGGGCCAAAUUCGACCCGUGUGUGGUUUUAUUUUGCCCACUCAAGAUUUUGGAGAGAAAAAAAAACAUGGUUGUAUAUCAUUUUUGUUCUUUGACUUAAUAAUUUGGGACCCCUGCAGUACAGGGUUGCCACUACUGAAGAUGGCCAUACUAGAGAACUAAAUUGAGUUUAAUUGUCUGUCACUGUAUGACAAUGUUUUUGGCAAACAUGCACACAAACAUACACCCACCCUGUGGACCGCCUCCUGUCACACUCCUGGCUGUCCUGACUGCGGCCUCAACGGUGUCCAUACUACUGAACUCUCCUGUUUUUAACAAUCAUGUAAAUGCUAGAAAAUAAACUUAUUGCGAUGACCUCUUUUUGUUCAUAGCCUGGGUGCAACGAUAACUUUUAUUUGUGUAAAUGUACUCUAAAAUCUGAUUUUAGUAUUUUUAUAAAGUUAAAGUAUAUUAGUGGUGUCUAAUUUUGCAUGUCUAAGGAAGUCCUUGAAGUUUGAUUAAUUGUGUAAAAAGUAAGGCUAUACAUGAUGCGUUCUACUGUUAAUGAAUACAACCUGUUUCUCUUUCUCUGUAAGACUUGAAUGUAAAUACAUAUAGAGUGUGUUACUUAGUGUCUUGCAGCAUGUAUCUACUAUUGCCAUGACUCUGUCAGCUUGUUGCCUGAGAUAAACAGUGCUGCACAAUAAACUGAACUACAGUGAAAAACAGCC